AUGAGUUUGAAGAGAUCUUUAAAUCAUUCAGAAAUAGAUGAAAAAGAAAAAAAAAAAAUUAAUACAAAAAAAAAUGAUGAAAAAAAUAUUGAACUAGAAACAUAUAACGAAAAAGAAGAAAAGGAAAAUGAUAAAAUAAAUUAUAUAAAAUAUAACAAUAUCAUAAAUAUAUCAAAUUCUUGUUCAAAUAAUGCUAUUAUUUCUGAUAAUUUAAAUAAUGAAUUAAUUUUAAAUGAUGUAAAUGGAAACUAUGAUGAUUAUAAAAAAUCUUUACAAAACAAAGAAAAGAAAAAUACAUGUGACGAUAAUAGAUAUCUUACAUAUGGUAAAAAUGAAAAUAAUAAAAUAAAUGACUAUACAGAAAAGAAAUAUGAAAGUGAAUUGAAAAAACAAGAGAAAAAUCAUAGUUUGAAACAAAUGGAGUUACAUGAUAAAAAUCUUAAUGAAGAAGAUGAAAAAAUAUAUGAAGAUGCUAAUAUAAAUGUUGAAAAAAAAAAAAAAAAAGUCAUAAACGAAGAACAAAAUUUAAAAAUUGAAAAUUCUUCAAAUAAUAAAGAAGAAAACAAAAAUGAAAAUCCUUCAAACAGUAAAGAAGAAAUAAAAGAUGAAAAUUCUUCAAACAAUAAAGAAGAGAUUAAAAAUGAAAAUCCCUUAAAUAAUAAAGAAGAAAUAAAAGAUGAUGAAAAUUCUUCAAACAAUAAAGAAGAGAUUAAAAAUGAAAAUCCUUCAAAUGUUAAUGAAGAAAUAAAAGAUGAAAAUCCUUCAAAUGAUAAAGAAGAAAUAAAAGAUGAAAAUUCUUCAAAUGAUAAAGAAGAAAUAAAAGGUGAAAAUUCUUCAAAUGAUAAAGAAGAAAUUAAAAAUGAAAACUCUUCAAAUGAUAAAGAAGAAAUUAAAAAUGAAACUUCUUCAAAUGAUAAAGAAGAAAUUAAAAAUGAAAAUUCUUCAAAUGAUAAGGAAGAAAUAAAAGAUGAAAAUUCUUCAAAUGAUAAGGAAAAGGUUAAUAAUAAGAAUAUUUCAUCUGAUUAUGGAAAGGAUAAGGUAGAUUAUAUACAUAAUUAUCAAAAUUCUUAUUAUAACAUGUAUAAUAUGAAUUCAGAGAAUUACAUGAAUUACCCCUAUUAUUAUAAUCAAUAUUAUAACGUAGUUCAAUCUAAUCCAUUUAAUAAUGAUAUUAAUAAAGAAAAUUCUUAUAAUAUUAAUGAAUUACAAAAAAAUAAAAAGGAAAAUUUAAUUCAAAGAAACAAUUUUGAAAAUGAAUUUAAUAUGGAUGAUAACAACACAUCAAAUUUAAUGAGAAAUAUUUCUAAUGUUUAUGUAAAUAAUCCAAUAAAUAAUUCAUUGAAUAAUCAAAUUGAUUAUACUUCAAAUAAUCAGAUGAAUAAUUCAAUGAAUAACUAUUAUAGUAUGUAUAAUUAUAAUUAUAUGAAUAAUAUGAAUAAUAUGAAUUAUAAUUAUUACUAUGGUUUGUAUGAUAAAGGUUACGAUUACAAUAAAAAUAUAGAAAAUAAUAUGAAAAGCUAUGAUUAUUGUUCUUUAAUUGAUAAAAGUAUAGAAUUAAUGAAAAAAAGUGAUAAAGUAAAGGAAAUAUUAAAAACUCCAGCAAGGUUACAAAUUACACAAGACGAAUUAAAUAAAAUUGAAUAUACAGAAGGAAAUGAACAAUAUAAUAUAUGGUUUGGUAAAUAUGUAACAGAUAGAUUUGAUAAAAGUUCCAAAAAUACUCCUCGUUUUGUUGCAAAAUAUAAAUGCAAUCCAAUAAAAGAUUCAGGUUAUACUAAAGCUGAUAAAGUUUAUAAUAGCAAGCAAUAUUUCUGUAUUUAUUUUGCAAGGGGUUGUUGUGCAUAUGGUCAUAAUUGUUUAUAUAAACACAGAAUUCCGAAUGAAAAUGAUGAAAUAGAAUUUGAAGCAUCUAUUGAUAUAUUUGGAAGGGAAAAAUUUAAUACUUUUAAAGAUGAUAUGACAGGUGUAGGUAAUUUUAAUAAUGAUUGUAGAACCUUAUUUAUUGGAAGUAUUUAUAUAAAUAAUUUAAAUGAAGUUUCUUUAAUUGAAAAAAUAUUAUAUGAUGAAUUUAUUAAUUUUGGGAAUAUUGAUUAUGUUAGAUUUAUUCCAAAUAAAAAUAUUGCUUUUAUUCAAUUUACUAAUAGAGUUAAUGCAGAAUUUGCAAAAGUAGCUAUGUCCGAUCAACCUAUAGAAAAUCACUCAACCGCACUAACAAUAAAAUGGGCAUUUGAAUUAAAAAACCAACCACAUCAUUUAAUUCAAUAUUAUAAUAAUCCAUAUAUUUAUAAUCAAAAUCAAAUUAUUUCUUCAACUUGGGAAAAUUAUAUUAUGCAACAGCAGUACAAUAAUGUAAUGUUUAAUGAUUAUAAUAAUAUAAAUAAUAAUAGUAAUGCUGCCUUUACAGCUCAUUAUAAAAAAAUUAAUGAUAGAUGUAAUAAUUUAAAUAAUAGUUUAAAUAAAAUAGAUCAAAUGUUUGAUAUGCAAAAUAAAGAUAACAAAGAUGAUUCAUUUUCAGUUUACAUGUAA